AUGGAUCCCCCGGCGCAGUCGAACUAUACAUCCGGUAGCUUUGGUGAACAUUAUGCAGUCCUGAAUUUGGAUUGGAUGUCGGUUCUCAUAAAUGCCGCCCAGGAUACGGCCGAGGGGCAAGCGCUGAUUUCGAACUGCUCUGUGUGGAACGAUGCUGUGCAUCAGAAAGACCCUCGGCCCUUGACCAUCUUUACCACGCUGGCCUUCAAUCGCGCCCAGCCCGAAGUGCAGGCCAACGCGCCGUUUGCCCAGCUGAUCGCGCCGUUUGGCAAUUUCGAAGUUGGCUCUCCGGAAGUGCAGAUCGACCCUCGUUUCAAACUGGACGAGAAAGACGUUGUACUCCACAAAACAAGAUGGUCUGCUACCAUGGGAAACAGCCUAGAGCAGAUCUUGAAGGCACAGGGUAUCGAUACCGUUAUAAUUGUAAGCGAAAGCCACCACGUUGCCCGUAUUGAUCUAACAUGA